AUGACUACGCCCCCAAAAACUUUGGUUGUGACGGUGGGCACAACAAGUUUUGAUGCUCUCAUUAGAGUUGUGGACACCGCUGCAUUCCACCAUAUCGCGAAAGGGCAUGGAUUCGGGAGAGCGAUAUUUCAAAUUGGGACGGGCAACCUUCUACCUAAUGGAUUUGGCGUUGAGGGGAUUAACCCAUUGGUUCGGAAAUCAGAGACUUCACAAAAUCAGCGUCAACAAUAUUUGAAUGUGACUGUUUAUCGAUUUUCACAAAAUUGGAUUGAAGAUUUGCAAAAUGCAGAUUUAGUGAUUGGACAUGCAGGAGCUGGCACGAUUCUAGAAGUAUUGAGAAUGAAUAAACAUCUUCUUGUUGUCAUCAAUGAGUCUCUGAUGGAAAAUCAUCAAAGGCAAAUCGGUGAUAAACUCGAGGCAGGAGGAUAUUUGUAUACGGCGACUCCAUCGACGCUCCUGAGUGUGUUCGAGUCUCUGAUGAGCAAGAAGUUCAAAUCGUGGCCUAAGGCAUCAACAUCCCCUCUCUACGCAAUUAUUGAAAACUUAACUGGUGUCGAUGUAGCACUACCCCAAACACUAUAA